ACUCUGGCUUUUCUUCGCUGAUAUCGCGACACACCACCAUAACUGAAACACCUUCUUCAUCCUUAAAACAAUCCGACUUCCAAACUCUCCGUCUCUUUCUCUCUCUGAAACUUCGAAUUUCGCACAUGGGGCCCCCUCCUAAGAAUCGAAAUUUCCCUCGCUUUCUCUCCUCUUCCUUCGCUUUUCCACACUUUUUCGCCCUUCCCCUUCUGACGCUGAUUUGUUUUGCGUCCUCAACUCUUCAAUCCCAGCCCCCCACCAUCUACGACCACCUGCGAAAGAACGGCCUCCCGAUGGGUCUUCUUCCCGAUGGUAUAACCCAAUUUAUAUUCGACCCAACGGCGGGCGAGUUCCAGAUCAAUCUGACCCAAGCCUGCAACGCCAGGUUUGAGAACGAGGUCCACUACGACUUCAACAUCACUGGUUCUUUGAGUUUCGGGAAGAUUGGGAAUUUAUCUGGCGUGACGCAGCAAGAGCUGUUCUUGUGGUUCCCCGUGAAAGGUAUACGCGUUGACGUCCCUAGCUCCGGCUUGAUUUACUUCGACGUUGGAGUCGUUGACAAGCAGUUCUCCUUGUCUUUGUUCGAAACGGCGCCGGAUUGUACUGCCGUUGAUCCCGGUGAUGGGAUUGAUUCGUCGGGAUCUGAGGGCUCCAAGAAUCAACCUGAAAACCUUCAGCUUGAAACUGGUAAAGGUGACUUAUUGAGGGCUGCUUCCUGAUUGUUGGAACGAGAAUUCUUUUCAAGGUUGAACACAUAUCAAUCAACCUCUUGGUUUCUUUCUUUUGCCGCCGAUAUCUGCAGAGAGUUUUAUGUGGCCAAUCCUACUGUACGUGGGUGGUAGUAUGUGUUGCUUGCUCGCCUGUUGUAGAAACUUUUUGGCCGAAUUCUUGUCAUGUGGGGUAAGUAAAAAAAAUUUGGCAAAGAGAAGAGUUUUAGUCUUUUAGAGAGAUGGGGUGGGAGAGGGGGCAUCGAGUAUGGCCAGUAUUGAGCGAUAUGCUUGCUUGAGAUUUAUUAUAUUCUGUUGCUAUCGUACAUCAUUGCAUACAAAAUACAAAUAUAUGUCAACUUCUAAGUUGUAUUGUGUCUGUAAAUGGAUAAACUGUUUGGGCUUUCAUUAUUACCGAUGGUCUUGUGGCUUUUCAUGCGUUC